AUGACAGAUCACCAGCUGGACUCGGAUUCGACGCCUCAAAGAAAGCGGAUUGCUGUGGCAUGUGGCCGCUGUCGCAAACGCAAGAUCCGAUGCAGUGGCGACACUGGCCAAGGUCAGCCAUGCUCCAACUGUAAGAACGCGGGCGUGGAGCCCUGCCAGUUCCUACGAGUGCUUUCGAGGGAAGCGCCGAUGCGCAACGACCCCGGGAAUUUCACCUACAGUGUGUCAGACGCCAGGCUCUACGCAAACCGGACGCCAGUGGGAAGCAGCAUCCAUUACGGACAGGACGUCCCAACUCUCGGAUCCAGCGACGUUUUCGCCUCGUACCGCGGUGGGUCAACAUACUCUUACACACCGGCCAGCAAGCCCUACUACCCUGGCAUGCCAGCGUACGGUGCACCCUACGGCGACGAACUCGACUUCCCCCUCGGCGUCCCACCGCAGCCGGUUCUGGGCCAGGAGCCAGUCGGCAUCCUACCCGGCCACUGGGGUUCAGGGGCCCGGGCGAAACAACCGUCCUUCAGCAGCAUGUACAUGGACACGGACGGUCCAUACAGCGGGUACAGCAGCACUAGCCUGGUGGCACGGCCUACCCACCCGGCCGGCGCUGACGCUGCCAACUUCUCGUUCUCGGGUGUUGCGGCUUCCUUGCCGUUACCGAGCACAUCGGCUUCUUCUUCAGACAGGCUCCUGCCGAACCCGGCGGGACGGCCCUCGACGCUGAUCUACCCCCCACCCAUCAAAUCCACGACAUCGGCGGCAUCCACCCCCACAGCAAGCACACUGGCCGACGUGGCGACGGCAGCGGGCUAUGCUGGCGGGUUCGAACCCACGGGCCUCCCAUACCCCCCUUCCACUACCAGCAGCCUGUCGGGCCACCACUCGCCAUCAUCUCGUACAACCUCGGACGGGUACUCGAGUGCCGACGCCAUUUUCGGCGAACCCCAAGACCGCAGUAGCCUCCAGAGCCAGGCCCCGCCGGCGGCUUUCGAUCUGGCCAGUUACACGUCGUCCCAGUCCCAAACGUCCCGCCGCGGUCACGAAGGCGGUUCAUACGGUGCGGGACCGGGUGGUGAUCAUCACCCCUCGCAGAACAUGGCUGCUGCUGCCGCGGGUUACCUCAGCGACCCCUCUACCAGCAACUCCCAUACGCAUCGUCACGCCGGUCAUUCGCACUCCCACAGACAUGUCGGCACGCCCGACCGCACCAGCAGCGGCACCACCGUUACCGGACACGCCGAGGACCCGCAAUCGGCUGUGGCAGGAAGCCAUUGA